AUGGUGUGCAUGGGAGUGGAGAAGGAUGAGCAUAUCCACCGGUGUUUAUGGGACAAUGUGGGUCCAGUUCCGGAGGAGCCUUUUACUGAGUAUAUUAUGGACAAAAUUAAAUACUUUGCAGAGAAAGAUGCACUAAUUAAUCUUAAAUUUCAGAUAGAUGGAGUAUCAGGUGAAAAAUUUAAAUAUGGCGACUUGGUUUCUUGGGUUCGUAAUAUUGGCUAUGGAUGGCAAGAAAAUGGACUUGAAGCAGGUCAUGUGGUGUGUCUGGUGACACCAAAUACUAUUCAUGUCCCAGGAGCCUUCCUUGCUGCUGUUGCAGCCUCGGCUGUUGUCACCCUCGCUAAUCCUCUUUUUACUCCAGAUGAACUUCGUCAACAUAUCACCAACAGUCAGUCUAAGUGGGUCAUUGUUCAUCCACUCUUUCUUUCUACUGCUCAAGCUGCUACAAAAGAUUUGGAUGACAUAAAGGGUAUGUAUCUGUUGGGAAACGAAGCUAAAGACUGUGUAAAACCCCUGUCAAGUCUUAAGAAAGAAGCUCCUGACAACUGGGAGUUCCAUGGUGUGUCUGGUGAUAGUGUGGUACAUCUGCCCUACUCAUCUGGCACUACUGGUUUGCCCAAGGGUGUUGAACUGACAUCUGCGAACUGGUUGGCAGUUCUCUCAACUGUUGGGAGAAAAGAAUACUUGCAUAUAGGCAGUGAAGAUGUUAUUUUGGGCAUUUUGCCAUUUUUCCAUACAUUUGGGAUUGGCAUGUUGUUGGCCUCACUCUCACAUGGAGCUACCAUGGUCACACUACCCAGAUUCAUACCAGAUGUUUUUCUCAAUACACUUCAGACCUACAAGGUAACAGUAGUACCUCUGGUACCUCCAUUGGCUGUUUUUGUGGCCAAACAUGAUAUAGUUUCCCAGUUUGAUCUGAGCAGCAUUAAUAAUGUUGUCUGUGGCGCUGCUCCUCUUACUGCAGAAAUACAAAAAUUACUGUCCAGUCGGCUUUCAGGUGUUACUGUGAGACAAGGUUUUGGAAUGACUGAAACUACCUUGGCAACCCUUUCCAGUGAAUCUCGUGAUCCAGGAGCAGUAGGACGUGUGGUUGCUCAUUGCGAGGCAAAGAUUGUAGAUAUGGAAUCAGGGGAUUCUCUUGGUCCAGGUGAAAAUGGAGAGCUUUGCUUCAGAGGUCCAGUUAUAACAAAGGGAUACUUCAAUAAUGAAGAAGCAACAGAGGAACUGAUAGACUCAGAUGGCUGGCUACGCACUGGUGACAUUGCUUAUUACAAUGAAAAAGGCAUCUUUUAUAUUGUGGACCGCAUCAAGGAACUUAUUAAGUACAAAGGAUUUCAGGUUCCACCAGCUGAACUUGAGGGAUUGUUGAUGACUCAUGAGGCUAUUGCUGAUGCUGGGGUUAUUGGUGUGAAGGAUGACGAGGCACAAGAACUGCCCAAAGCUUACGUAGUACUUAAGCCUGGUAAAAAUAUUUUACCAGAAGAUAUUAUUAAUUGGGUACAUGAACGGGUGGCACCUCAUAAACGCUUGAGAGGUGGAGUAGAGAUUACUGAAGCUGUCCCACGAUCACCUGCUGGGAAAAUUCUCAGAAGAAAAUUGAGAGAUCAUAUGAAUAAAUAAUGGAGACAAAUUAUGUAUAUUGGUACAGUAAUUCAUAUGCACUUUUAAGUUAAGAAUAAUAUCAGAUGAGGGUAAGUGACGUUAUAUAGAACACUAUUGUAAAGAAAGUGCCUUGUGAAAAAAAUUAUAUUCACAAUACUAGAGAAUGCUGAAUACAAAAGGAAAUAAUAUAGAAAAUGAAGAUUUGCAUGAAGAUUAAAAAUUAUAAAUGUAUGAAAUACAUGUAACUCUAGAGUAAUCAUCACUGCUUCUCUUAAAGAAGACAUUUUAAAAAAAGCCAUUACUGUAUUGAUGUUAUGCAUAUUGUUUAUUUUUGUGCUACACAGUAGUUAUAGAUGGAAUAAUCAGAAAUUUCAGAUUUAUAUAUAUUCUUUUCUUGGCUAGCAUUCAAGUGUAUUUUAAUAAAAUUAAAAUUUUUAGAUACUUUAAUUAAGAACUGUAUCAUAUUAAUAUAUGAGUGAUUCUGUUUUUUAACUGGGGUAUGUACUUUACACCUUAACAUUUUAGUGAAGUGGCAAGUGAAAUUUGAAUUGUGAAAAUAUGUUUAUAGUUUCUCAGUACAUCCUAAGUACUAAUAGGUUUUUGAAUAGAAUAUACACUAGAUAUGUAUCAAUAUUUGAAUUACCAAAUUUAAAAAGGAAAACUUGCAUUUUUGUUUUUAGGUCAAUCUGCCUUGGUGGGAUAUGGCCAGUUGUUGAAAAAAAAAAUAUAUUUGGUCUGUCUGCAAUGAUUGUACCCUUUGAGAAAAAUAGUAGUGGGUAGUAAUUUUACCAAGCACAUCAGUCAGAAUGUUUAUGAAUAAGACCAGACAUGCAAAAGGACAUGAUAUGUAAGGGUGACAUGCUUAUGUUUUGCAGUCAAGUACAUUUGUUGAAUGAUAUAACACCUGGCUGUGUUUGGAUUGUUGUGUGGUUGUUAAAAGAUUAAGCCUCAUGUGUUUGUGUGUGUGUUCCUAUUUCUUAAUGUGCAUUUCUGACCUAUGAUUAUCUUUAAAGGAUAUUGUUGUUUGGGUUGUUAAAGUUAAUUAAAGAAUAAAUUUUAAGAAAUAUCAGUAAAUUUAAGGCUGAAGAAUAUCGUCACAAAAUGAACUUAUAAGUACAGUAUAGUACAAACAAAAUAUAUGCUUUAUAAACAAAAGGCAACAGUUUUAACAAUUCUCAUGUUUCUUGACUUAUCUUAUUCUGUUUCUCUCCUCCUUGUCUCUUGCACACACACUAUUGCGCUCAUGCACUUUUAUUAGGAUAUGCUGGUGCUCUGUGAGUUCUGUGUUCUCUAGGUGUUCCAUUAAUCAGGUUUGUAAGACAUGGCUUUCCUAUUCCUGAUGUUGUGCUGGUGCUCAGUGAAUUCUGUGUUCAUUAGGUGUUCCACUUGUCUUAUUUUUUUCUUGAUUACCAUUUUAUUGUUUUUUCUGAACAGUUAAAGAAUACUGAUCAAAUUGCAUUUACCUCUCAUUUCCUUCCCCCUUUUUACCUAUGUGAGUUGCCCCUCUCUGUCCUGUCCUAUAUUUCAUUAGCCAUUCCAUGAUUAGAAAAUAUGUAUUAUAACUUUAGAGCCCAAGUUUCCUUUCAAAUGUUAGUGGUAUAGUUUUGAUAAUGAAAAGCUGGCUUCAGUUAAUACAGUAUUAGCAGUUGAUCAUGCAGUGAAAUAAUCCUGUCAUACUACUACAGUACAGUAUAUUAUGUGCAUCAGUUGUGUUAAGUGUUUAGUACACUGCCAUUACUGUAAUUCUUAUCACUGUUUUCUCUACCUUGUACAUGUGACCAUCCACUAUUUCACACUUCUGCUCUGAUUUUUUUUAUGAAGAAAUUAGAACAAAAAUUGUUCAUUUCCUUAAUUUUGCCAAUGAUUAUUUCACAGUUUACUACAGGGUAUGAAAAAAAAAUAGACUGCUUUCUAACUGAAACAAAAGCAUAGCAGUGAUUUAUUUAAUAAGCCUUACCAAACAUUGAAAAGUACAUUAAAAAUCAUUUCUUAAAAAUUUGGGUAUGACGUGAUUACAUUUCUAAUGCUAUGAAUAAGAGUGAUCAGACAUAAAAUAUUAGAUCAGUCACCAUUUGCUUGCAUUUUGCAAAAAGAUUUGAGACAUCUUUGAGGGUUUUUUGUGUGCAUUUUUUUAAUUCCCAAUCUUGUUUGGCUCAUAUAUUUAUAACCUUGACAAAUUUUAGAGAUAGACUGGCAUACAAUAAUGGCCCUAUUAUCUGACACUUAGUAGGUUAUAUAAUCAAAAACUUUUGCUAUUUAAGCAAAAUAUUAAUGCAGUAAAUGGGAGGAAUGGGCAUAUCCCAUUUUUUUAUUUUUAAACAAUAUAAAUAUUUUUAAUAUUAAAGACAUUAAAAUCUUCUUUUUGUUACAGUAAUAUGAAAGUAAAGGAUGAAACAAAAAUACUGUAUAGUUGUGUGCAUUGUAGUUGAAGACUAACUAAUACAACCAAGGUCAAAUACUUGGUAUGUUAUCCAUCCAGGGCUCACAUAAAAUCAGAAAGUUGGAAAUCUGAUAAAAGAACCUUCAAUGUAUUCGUCAAGUGUAUCAGAUGAAAAUAAAGAAAAGACACUUUAACUGCUUAAUUAAAUCAAUUGCUCUAAUCUGAAACUUUCAUUUAACCAGUGGGCUUUGGUAUAGACAUAAGUAUACAAACAUUUUUGUUUCAUGAACAAUGGCAUAUGUUAAAAAUGGCAUGUUUCACCAUGGAUUAUGUUGGCCAGUGAAUAGCUAACUUGGCAUGUCAUUUUGUUAAUGUUUGUCAGAAGUGUUUUGGGGGCUUUUGGAUGUUAUAACUUAGAAUCACCAUUCUUAUACUAUUUAAUAUUGAAAAGUUUAAUUUGGUUGCUCUAAGUAAGUGAAAAAAUUAAGUAAACUUUUGUUUUCAUACUAUAUGCUCUAAAUUUAAUGAACCUCUUCUCUCUGUAUAGUAAUACACAGGUAAAAUGUAUAUAUAUAGUUCUACAAGCCUCCAAACAUUGUUCAGUUCAUGGUCAACUUUUAUAUAUUUAUAUUGUUACAUUUUUUUUUUUAACAAGUCAGCCGUCUCCCACCGAGGCAAGGUGACCCAAAAAGUAUACGUAUUUAUAUAUUUUAUACUGAGGCAUCUGUGGAGAUAAAGAAUGUAAUUCAUGGAGGCAAAAAAGGGAAUGUAUAAGAGUAUAGUGUUACCAACACUCUUAUAUGGAUGAAUCAUAGAUUGUGAAUGUUGCAGCGAAUAGGAGGUUGGAGGCAGUGGAGAUGUCAUGUCUGAGGGCAGCAUGCGAUGUAAAUAUUAUGCAGAAAAUUUGUAGCCUAGAGAUUAGGAGGAAGUGCAGGGUUACAAAAAGUAUUAUCCUGUGGGCUGAGGAAGGGUUGUUGAGGUGGUUUGUACAUUUAGAAAAGAAGAACCAUUGACUAGUCAUUGGUAAUCAUGUGUCUUAAAUAUUCUUUGGAGGAGCCUAGAUGUGGGAGGAGUCAUCCCACAUUUGUUAAAGAGAGCACUCCACAAAGGUGGCAGCAAAGCAAAUGCAAAGAACUAUAAAUACCAACAGCCCUGAUGUCUCACAUUAUAAAUAUCUUUGAAAAAGAUUGAAGAAGCAAGAUUGCAGAGUACAUAGAUUUGCAAAAUCUGCAUAACCAAAGGGAGCAUGGGUUUAGAGUAGGUCUCUACUUUGCUACUGCCUCUUAUAACUACUGAACCAUUAUGAUAUGGUCUUGGAUGCACCAGAAGACAAACAAAAUGCAGAUGUAGUAAACAUCAACUUUGCUGAAGUCUUUGAUAAGUGUGAUCUUGGUGAAAUAGUGCACAAAAUGCAUGCAAAAUGAAUAACUGGAAAAGUGGGCUGAUGAAUAUAUAAUUUUAUAAGCAAAUAAAACUCAGUGUAAUAGUGAUAUCAGAGGCUGCCAAAGUGAUAUGAUCUGUUCCCGAAGGCACAGUACUUGCCCCCAUUCUCUUUCUCAUUCUCAUGUCCAGCAGAGAGAGGUAUAAAUUAAAGCACCAUAUCAUCCUUUGAAGACAAUACUAGAAUCUGUAUGAGAGUGGCAUCCAUUGAGGACACAGCACACCUCCAAGCUGACAUAAACAGUCUUCCAGUGGGCCAUUGACAACAUUAUGUUUAAUGAAGACAAAGUUUUGGUUGCUCUGUUUUGAAAAGAUUGAGGAAAUAAAGAUGAAUGGAGUAUAAAACAAGCUCAAACCACUUAAUAGAGCAUAAGACUAAUGAUUACAUUAGAUCCCACCUUUGAGGUGUCACUCACAACCAUGAGCAAAAUGAUAGGCUGGAUAAGUAGAACCUUUAAAACAAGAGAUGCCAAGCCAGUGAUGAUACUCUUCAAGUUCUCCCUAGGUACUACUGUACUCUGAAAGCUCCAUUUAAGGCAGGCAAAACUGUUGUCAUGUCUGAGGGCAAUGUAUGGUGUGAACAUAAUGCAGAGAAUCUGUAGUUUGGAGAUUAGGAGGAGGUGCGGGAUUACCAAAACUAUUAUCCAGAGGGCUGAGGAGAGGUUGAGGUGGUUUGGACAUGUAGAGAGGAUGGAACAAAAUAGAAUGACUUAAGGAAUGUAUAAAUCUGUAGUGGAGGGAAGGCGGGGUAGGGGUCGGCCUAAGAAAGGCUGGAGGGAGGGGGUAAAGGAGGUUUUGUGUGUGAGGGCUUGAACUUUCAGCAAGUGUGCAUGAGCGUGUUAGAUAGGAGCAAAUGGAGACAAGUGGUUUUUAGGACUUGACAUACUGUUGGAGUGUAGGCAAAGUAACAUUUAUGAAGGGAUUCAGGGAAACCGGCAGGCCAGACUUGAUUCCUGGAGAUGGGAAGUAGUACAGUGUCCAGCACUCUGAAGGAGGGGUGUUAGUGUUGCAGUUUUAUAACUGUAGUGUAGGCAUGCCUCUGGCAAGACAGUGAUGGAGUGAAUGAUGAUAAAAGUUUUUCUUUUCGGGUUACCCUGCCUUGGUGGGAAACAGCCAAUGUGUUAAAAAAAAUAAAAAAAAAUGCUGACCUGGAGAAUGUGCAGAGAACCUUCACUGCUCGCAUAAAGUCAAGUAUGUACCUAAAUUACUAGGAACGAUUCAAGUUCCUCGACCUGUAAUUCUUAGAACUUAAGUGAGGGUGGCGCAUUAUAAAACACACCAUGAAAAUUAUUGAGGGAUUGGUCCCAAAUCUGCUUACUCAAAUUGUUCCCCAUGAAAUUAAGGGGCUUGGCAGAUGGUGUAAAAUACCCCAAAUGAAAAGCAGGGGUGCAAUGGGACCAAGACUUUUCAAUGUUCUCCUUUUUAUAUAUAAGGGGAGUUACUAACAGACCCCUUGCUGUCUUCAAGAAAGAACUGGAUAAGUUUCUCAAGCUAAUGCCUGAUCAGUCAAACUGUGGUGCUUAUGCUGGACUUUGUGUGACUAACACCAACAGCCUGGUUGAUCAGGUCCUGCACCGUGAGGCCUGGAAUGGGACCAGGCUGCGAGGGCAUUGGCUUGGAACACACUCCAGGUAGGGGUACAACUUUCUUUUUCAUAUGAAAUUUUACACUUAAUUAGGUACCAAUAUUCAAUUUUAUUUUUCAUUAAGACAAGUCUUUCUUGUUAAAUGUAAUGGAGAAAAUUAUUGAGCUAGAAUAUGUUACAUGUGAAUAAUGAGUCAGCUGUAGAGCACUCAGAAUUUUCAUACAUGCAUCCAUUACAGCUGUAACCAAGAUAGUGCCAAACAGUAAACUAAAAAAGUAAAUAAUAAUUUAAUGUUCGGUUAAAGAAAUUGGGUAAAGCUAAGCUUGAUUUCUUGUGUUCAGAAUUUAAUCCAGUUAAAUCUUACAUAAAACCAUUCUGGACUUGGCCAUAGCCAUUCCAUACAAAUGCAGUGUAAUUUUUUAGUUUAUAUAUAUAUUUUUUUUUUAUACAUUUUUCAGUCAUGCCUUCUUAAUGAAUGGCAGUAGUGUAUAAAUAGUUAUGGAAAAACCUUGGAAAAAACUCAAGUCUUCCCACCUAAGAAUUAUUUAUAUAUGAAUAUGCAAAAUUUCAUCCUAACAAGCACCUUGUAUCCAUAUUUUUAUUAGUGUAGAAAUGGAGAACCCAUAGAGGUCAUGCAGUAUCUUGCUCCUUUUAUAUAAUACUGAAACUAAGCUUAAAUUUUAUUAUUUUGAGAUUUUGUUUCAUGUACAGUAUUUUCCAGUUUUCCUCUCAAGGUAUGUUAAAGAUAACUAGACUUAAUAACAAUAAUAAUGAUCAAGUUACUACUAUAUCAUUUACAUGCUUCAAGCUCAAAUAAUCAACAUCUGAUUUCUACAACUGUUAGGACUACUUUCCCAGCAUGCUAUUUCUACCUCAUUAUAUUAUCAAUUUUUAAAUUAAUUUUAAUUUAACCAAAUUUUAAAUUACUACCAUAAUGGUCCGAAUAAUUCUGGAUAAUAUUUAAUUCAUUUUGCUCCAGCUUACUUUUAAGUUUCUUUAACAAUACAUUAUUGUACUUUUCUUAUGGUGCCUCUGCUUGAUCACUCAUGGUAGCUUAUUUUACUGAACUGUAUAGCAAUUUCUUAAAUUAUUUAUGUAACAUUUUUCUGCCGUAAAACUUAUGUAAUUACUGGUAGUAUAUUACUCUGUAAAUGCUAUAUAUUACUGUAAAUUUUACUUUUUUAAUUAUAGCAUUGUGCCAUGCCUAUGACAUACAGGAUAAGGAUAUGUAAAUUCCCAUAAGAUUUGUUAUAGAAGACUUUACAAAACACUCAUUUUUCCUUUAUAUUCUUUAAACUGGUUUCUCACUUAUUUUGGAUUCUUAAAAUUUUAUUUGUUAUUCUGAUUACAGUAUGUAUUUUAAGUGUGCACUUUUUAAUCAAUUAGUCAUUUAAAGAAUUAUUAAAGUCUGCAGGUGUGUAGUUAGCAUUUUCCUCAUAAGCUGAAAAUCUUUGCUGAUAUAAAUCAUAGAAUGGGUUGGGCUCAAACCCAUGGUACACAAGUCCUAAAACUCUCCUGCCUUGGGUUCAGUCUCUGCUCAUUCUGUGACUUGUUUCCAAUGGUGUUAUUACGAUUUAUUGAGUCAUCAGCAUAGAAUGUGUGUGGCUCAAUGUGUAUAAUAUCCCUAAGUAUUUUUUACCCCCUGGGUAAGCAAAAGAUUUGUAUUAUCUUAAUCAUUGAUGGUUGACUGUGGAUAUGUUAAUAAAUGUGCUGUAUGAUCUUA